AAAACAUAUUAAAUAGAUGUUAAAUUGUGCUUUGAAUUCAGAAAAGACCGUUGCUCUUCGGGGUGUCCCAUGGCUUUAUCAUCCAAUGUACUUGAUGUGAUAGACUGCAGUGCAAUGACGAUAAUGGUGAUCCAUAGCUUGUGUCCUGGAGGCUGGCGGAAGUACCAGCCAUGUUGUAAGUGGUUGGCGGACGUACCCAUUCACUAAAUGGUUGGCGGAAGUACCUAGCAUGUAGUAGGUGGUUGGCGGAAAGCAUGUCUACCGCUCACUCAGUAUUGUGGGUUAGGGCGGAUCUGUCAGCCAGGCCUGCUUCUUUCCGCCCGCUCUGUCCAGGCUCCCCCCUGCUCAUCACAAAUAUCCUGCUGUGACUCAUCCGUUACCGGACGGGCUGGGUCUUGGAGAAAGAUGACACGGGGUCCUGACCAUCUUUAGUCGCCGAGCAAAUGUCUCUGGAGCUCGGUGACUUUCAGAAAGCCCGUCCGCGUCCCCAGCCGCCACCACCGCAGGAGGUGCAGGAGGAGGUGUCCUACCCAGAGUGGAUUAGCAAGAGCUACGUGGAGCUCAUGAGUCUAAACGAGCACUCGAUGCAGGCGCUGUCCUGGAGGAAGCUCUACCUGAGCCGGGCAAAGCUCAAAGCUUCCAGCCGGACCUCAGCGCUGCUCUCCGGCUUCGCCAUGGUCGCAAUGGUGGAAGUUCAACUAGAUGCAGACCAUGUCUACCCCACUGGCCUCCUGGUUGCUUUCAGUGCCUGUACAACAAUACUUGUUGCAGUACAUCUCUUUGCCCUUAUGGUCAGUACCUGCAUUCUUCCCAAUAUAGAAGCUGUUAGCAACGUCCACAAUCUCAACUCCGUCAGAGAGUCUCCACAUGAACGAAUGCACCAUCACAUCGAACUGGCCUGGGCCUUUUCCACUGUUAUUGGAACCCUUCUAUUUCUUGCAGAAGUUGUGCUGCUUUGUUGGGUGAAGUUUCUUCCAGUUAACAGUCCAAAGUCAAUGGUCAAUGAUACAACUGGAGUUAGUCCUGGGAAAGCUGCAGCAAUAGCCUCAACAGCCAUCAUGGUCCCAUUUGGGUUAAUUUUUAUAGUGUUUGCUGUUCAUUUCUACAGAUCAUUAGUUAGCCACAAAACAGACCGGCAGUUGCGUGACCUGGCAGAGCUGGCUCAACUUCAGGAUCAGUUGGAUCACAGAGGGGACUCUGCACAAUCCCCUGGUCAUUACCCAUAGUUGUUGAAAACCUUGUCUGUAAGGAAGUUACAAGAGUACACCCUUUAUCUUUAACUUUUUCUUUUCUUUUUUUUUUUUUAACACACAAAAGAUGUGUGGCUUAAAUUUGAGAUCUCCAUGAAGUUUUUGUAUUUUUGUUUUUUUUAAAUAAUUCACUGUAAUCAAUGUUUAAUACCAUGAAGAAGGCGAUAUUUAGUUUUUAAAUAUUCAGAGUAAGAAAAUUGUAUAUUUAUACACUUCCAAUUUGCCAAAGAUUAUUCUACUGUAGAGUACAAGCCACCAUGGUUUUAAGGCUGUGUGAACCAUACUAUCCUUGUAAAUAAGCCACAUGGAAAUAUUUACCCAUAAUCUGUUCUUAGUAGAAAUUGCAGGUUGGGGACCAGUGCUAAACUAAAUUGUUGAACUAUGUUUGAAGUGUGAAAUGUUACUGCAGAUUUUAUUUUAUUGUUAAUCACAAAACUACUGUUCCUGUUAGAACUCCUCUGUGAAAAGGCAAACAUUCUAUGACUUUGCAUGCUGCAAUUCCCAGGAUGCUCUUUGUUGCAUGUAGAACAAGAUGUAUCUAUAAAGAGUGAUUUUUUUUUUUUCCACCUCCCCUUCUUUCAAAGCAUGCUGAUAUUACAUACCGUAAGUGUGAGUCACUGGAUUGCUUUGAAUGCUGAAUAUAGUGUGUGUCUCCACAUGCAAGAUCCACAAUUACUCGCAAUUCCCUUUUUCACUUUUAUUUAUAUUGGCAGAACUGAAAUGUAUAUUCCUAUUAAGUUUAUUUUGAUGUUGGAAGUGCCUUUAACGCACCAUUUGGUGUUGCAUUGUUUCUCCAUGAACUGUUACAUUUUCCCUCUUUCUGUAUAUUCAAGAUGCAUAUGACUAUUUACAGCUAAAGCCAGCGUAGCUAACAGAUGGCUCUCCAGCUGUUAACCUGCACUUUUCAAAAUUCUCAGAUAGCAUAUAUCCACUGCUAGGUGAGGAUCCUGGAACUUGUAGUUAAACAGCAGGAAACUUACAUGUUGACUGCUAAUGGUUUAAACACUUAAAUUGUCCGGGUCAUGCUAAAAGCAUGUUUAUUUUAAAAUUUGCCCGUUGGCCAUAAAAGUGGAAGGCAACAAUACUCUUCCUUUAGAAGAAUAUAUAUAUUGAGGCAAAUUUAUUGUCUACAUUUUUGCUGAUGCAAGAGUCACGUUUGCUAAAAUUCAAUAGCGUCUUUGUUUUUUGUUUUUUUUUUUGCCACUGUGUGCUAAGUUCCUCAUUGCUACUGAGUAAUUUUGCUCUUGGAAUACAACAUUGUGGUGUAAAAUGUCUUUGGUAAAAGUUAAAUAAUUUGCUUCCGCAUUUUUUUUAUUUUCUUUUUUUCGUAGUAUUUAAAUGCUCUUUUACAGAAAUAAAUCUUAAUAUGAAAUUGAGAUGUGUUGCAAUACUAUAAAUGUAUAGGCAGUGCCUUUCUUAAAUUUACAUUAAUUUGUUAUUUUUUGUUUCUGUGAAAGCAGCACAUGUUAAAAUACUUCUGUCACAGUAAAACAUUAUACUCCCUGUUGGCUUGAGAUACUGACAUUCAUGCUUGCAGCUGCCAUUCAGAAGCAGUAAGACAACUUAUGGCUGCUCAGUACAGCAUAAAAUAUGUACAUGCCAUUUUAUCCCCAUAUUGCACUUAUCCUUAGAUUCUACUAAUGAAGCAAUGAUUUAAAAAGGAAAAACAAUUGACAGUGGUAAACAUUUUGGAAAAAAAGUAGAUAACAAAAGGGAACACGUAAUACAUAUGUAGUCUCUAGCUACUGGUUAUAGAUAGGGCUGGACAGAAUCUGUCAAUAAAUAUAAAUCACAUAAACAACUUUUUCUCUGCAAGAUAUCUUGCGCUUGCAUUAAUAGUACAAAGCUUCUUUUUAUCCAUAAACUUUUUCAUGUGAGGUUUAAUAGGAACCUUCUCAGUUCUAUGGGAAGACAGAAAGCAAUAGAAUUUAUUUAUUUUUUAAACUGGGUAGCAAAAUUGUAUAAUUGAACAGAUAAUGAGUCAGCUGUGGGACACAGGAGAGUAGUCAGCCAGGAAAUCUGAGCCCAGAAAGCCAGUGUUGAUGUAUUGCUGGAGGUGGGGCUGCUGCUAAUGAAUACUACUUGACCCCUUGCAACGAGUUUUAGAAUAUGCACAGCCCAAUAGAGGACUUGCCCUGUCAGCUCUGAUCUGUUUCCACAACUGGGUGAAAACGUCACGCGUGUUCAUGCUAUUUAUAGAAAAUAUUUUACUGGAGGGGCCCAUCCAUUGACUAUAAGAAUACCAUAUAGAAGAAAAGUGCCAUUUUCCUUUUUUAUUUUUAUUUUUCUCUUUAGAAUACAAUAUUUUCACACACUACUGUAGGGGGAAGUAUUUUAUUUGUUAAUCAGUUUAUAUGAGACCUUUCUUGCAUUCCUAGUUCUGUAACGGAUGGCAUGCUAUAUUUGCUUUGGUAAAAAAAUGAAAUGUUAUACUGUCUUC